CUGUUCUGUUAAUCGUCAACUUGUUAUUAGGAUUUGUUGUCAGAGCAAAAUAAUUCGUGAAGUCGAAAAAUUAUAUUUGCAAUUCAUAGGAGCAGCACAUCCUGAACAAUGGAGGACAUAUGCAGAGUUUGCAUGUCACGGUCUGAAGCAUUAACAAACAUUUUUGAUGAGGCACAAAAGUGGGACACUUGCCUUGCUGAUAUGAUAGCUCAGUGUACCGGGUACGAUGUUAUGCAGGGAGAUUUACUAUCAGAAAACAUUUGCCCGCCCUGCCUUGAGGAUGCUAUAAAUGCAUUCAGUCUUAUAAAAACCUGUCAGCAGAGCCAUCAAGUAUAUUUACCACUGAUGGAGGAGGAGAGAGAAGAAGAUUUAUGUUAUAGUCUGGGAGACGAGAAAUGGGAAAGGUCAGCGUGUGGAAGUGAUCAGUCGAACCAUUUUAAAGAUGUAGUGACGUUUAAAUGUAACCAUUGCCCAAUGAGUUUUAAGCAAAAAUUCCAUUUGCAGAGACACGUACAAAUGCAUACAAAUGAGCGACCCUACAAAUGUUCACAAUGCUCAAAGUCAUUCAUACAAAAAUCCAAUCUUGAAUCGCACACACGUAAUCACACCGGCGAUCGACCUUAUCAUUGCUCUCAUUGCUCCAAGUCAUUUCAACAAAAGUCCCAUCUGCAAGUACACAACCGCAUACACACGGGGGAGAGACCAUACGAGUGCACUUACUGCUCCAAGUCCUUUACUCGCUCCGACAUUCUUCAGAGUCAUAUUCGAACGCACACAGGAUAUCGACCCUACAAAUGUUCCCAUUGCUCAAAGUCAUUUAUACAAAAUUCGGAUCUCCAGGUCCACAUACGUACCCACACUGGGGAACGACCAUAUAAAUGCACUCUCUGUCCUAAGUCAUUUAAUCAGAACUACUAUCUUCAAAUGCACCACCGUACUCACACUGGAGAACUUCCGCCCCACCAGUGUUCUCAUUGCUCAAAAUCUUUUAGCAAGAGGGGAAAUCUCCUGACUCACAUCAGGACGCACUCGGAUGAACGCCCCUACAAAUGUUCCUACUGCUCGGAAUCUUUCAAACUUAAAGGCAUUCUUAAAAGACAUACUCUCAUCCACACUAAGACCGUGCCGUCCGUCCCCCUUUCCGACACACUCGACAUUAUAUCUGCAAUCCCGCUGAACGGCGACACCACAAUUUCUCCUAUUGCAGCUCAAUGUCAUAAACCUCAGUAAAUACGUUUUCUAGAUGCUUAAAAGUUCCCACACUUAAAAAAGAUUCAUCAUAUGCUCAAUAUGACGACAUUUACCUCAUAAUAAAACAACUAGGAAAAAUAUCUAAGAAAAUGAGUAUUGUAUUUAGCUGAGAUAUAAAAACAGUUGCUAGAGGCUUUUUAAUUCGUAACAUUAAAGAAUAUAGGUAUUUAAAUCCAAAUUAUU